CCGCGCUGUCCAUCUGGGCGCACCUCUCUCUGAUGGUAUGGAGGGAAACCAAAUUCAUCGUGGACCUGUCUGGUAAGGCGGUCUUUAUGCGAAGAAGUAAAGACGUCUACGAACAAAUAUUAUAUUACAUUCAACGUGAUAUUCUUUUAUGAAAGAAUGCGAUAUUUAUCCCGGCAGAAAACAACAGCAAGAAGUGAACAGCGACCCAAUAAGAACUGAAAAGAAACCUGGAACAUUUUUAACGGAUGCAGUGAAGGACAUGCUGUGACCUCUAUUCAGGAGAACAUUUCCAGCUGUUGGAAACAGUUCAAUUAUUUUCGUCAACUGCAGAAAAAUGAGCACUGAAUCUACCCACUGUCUGUUAGUUCCUAUACCGGAGUGUCCCGCUCUGGACUGCCUGCCCAAUAAGAACGUAAAAAUUGUGGUUCUUGGUGCCAGGAACGUCGGAAAAACAGCCUUGAUUGUGAGAUUUCUCACCAGGAGAUUCAUCGGAGACUAUGAAGCAAACACAGGGGCCUUAUAUUCAAGAAGAAUCAAUCUUGAUGGAGAACAAGUGUUUUUGCAAGUGCAGGAUACACCCUGUGUUUCUCUACAGGACGACGCAGAGGGACUGCACUGCCAAGAGCAGAUUAAUCGUUCCAUCUACUGGGCUGACGGCUACAUGCUGGUCUUCUCCGUCAUGGACCCCGGAAGCUUCCGCACCGUUGUUCCGCUCUACCAGCACGUGCGGCACAUCCACCCCCGGGGCAGCAUCCCGCUCAUCGUCGUGGGCAACAAGAGCGACCUGCCGCGGGCACGGGCGGUGUCGGCCGCCGAGGGAGAGGGGCUGGCCACGGAGCUGGGCGCUGCGUAUUUUGAGGUCUCCGCCCGGGAGGAUGGGGAGGGGGUGUACAACACCUUCCUGCACCUGUGCCAGGAGGUCAGCCGGGCUCUGGGGCCGGGGAACGGGGAGAAACGCCGAGGGGGGUUACACUUGGCACGCCCCAAAUCCCCCAACAUGCAGGAGUUAAAGAGAAGGUUCCGGCAGGCACUGUCUGCCAGGGUCAGGGCAGCCACCACCCUGUGAUGCAACUGCUGUAGACUGGCCAAUCCCCCUGGCAGCAGAAACCAGGCUGUGAGCUGUGGGAAUAUAUUUAGUGGACAUUGUGUACCCCAUGGGAGUGUGGCUAUUUGGCUUAUUUUGUUCAUUCAUUCAUUUAUUUGUUACAGAAACACUUACACUUCUUCAGACUGACUUUUACUGAGCCACAGGAUCCCUCAUCAGAAAAUGGCACAGAAAGCAGAGGGUCUCGAACGUCUCUCUAAGGUUCUCUAACAGGAGAAGAAGUGAUCACAGUGACCAUCUUGGAGUGAAUAUCAUGGACAUUCUAAGCUGAAAUGGUUUGAUUUGAUUUAAUUUGACUCGAUAAAUCAGUCUUUUAUAAUUAUGAAAUGAAUCAAUAAAAUAAGGAAAUUAUCAAUGAAUAGGCAAUAUAUUCCAAAAGUUUUGAGAGAAUCAAUAGUGAAUCAACAAUGUUGUCAUCAUGUAGAUUAGUCAAAUCAAGGAAGAUUGUGCAAAUAUAGCAGAGAUAAAUAUUUGAAACAUGUAACGCUGGAAUGUCUUGGUGGUCUGUUAGUUGAUCUAAAGGACCUGUGUACAGCAUCUAUGAUUACAUUACAUGACAUUAUUGGCAUUUGGCAGACGCUCU